CAGAUUGCCGAGAUGGCUUUAAACCAAAGCGAGUUCUUCUUCUCCUCUUCUCUCCAACACAUCACUCCGUCCCCAAUCCCAGUUGCCCUUACCAGUCCGUUUUCGAAUUCAAACAAUACAAUCUUGAGCAACAGAGGCGGGGUGAUCGCCGGCGCCACCAUCCUCAGCCUGGUGUUUCUCCUCGGCGUUCCCGGGAACAUCUUCAUCGUCUGGAGUAUCCUGGCCCGAGCUCGCCGGCGCUCCGUCACCACCCUCCUGAUCCUGAACCUGGCCUUCGCCGACGGGUUCCUCAUGCUGCUGACGCCCUUCUUCGUGGUUUAUUUGGUUAAGCGGAGUUGGAUUUUCAGUCUGGCGCUGUGCAAAGUGCUGUUCUACCUCUGCUGCACCAACAUGUACGCUUCCAUAUUCCUGAUCACGCUGAUGAGUUUGCACAGGCUGGUGGCGAUAGUGUGGCCGAAGCGCGUGGCUGCGGUGACGGACCCCCGGGCGCUCACACGGGUCAUGGUGGGACUCUGGGUUCUCGCUCUGGGACUCUCAGUGCCCGUUUUGGUUUUCAGGACCACGGAACGAAACACGACAGAGAAUCUCGUGUGUGACUGCAAUCACACAAAACCACAAUAUGUGGCGAUGCAGUACGGUAUGGAAACGGUGCUGGGCUUCUUGUUGCCGUACGGUGUGAUCAUAGGCAGUUACGUGUGUAUCUUGCGCAGAAUCCGCAAGACGCGCUUUCGCAGACGCAUCCGCAGCGAGAAACUCAUCCUGGUGAUCAUCGUCACCUUCGGGCUGUUCUGGCUGCCGUACCACAUCGUAAACAUGAUGCAGGCGGCUGCUGCUUUACAUCCAGAAGGUUCUACAAAAGAUAGACUAAAGAAAAUCUCGACGUCACUGCGAGCGCUCACCUCCACCGUGGCCUUCGUCAGCAGCUGCAUAAACCCCAUCCUCUACACCUUCGCUGGAAAGUCGUACAUCCGACGGGAAGGCGUGGCUUUCAUGGCGCGGCUGUUCGAGGCAACGGCACUUUAUUCGACGCGGAAGAUCCGCCAGAGCAAUCAGAACAGCCGAGAUAAGGACACCGAUGAAGCAGGAAGUCUCAAAGACAAAGACUCCGAUUCCAUCACCACCCCUCACCCGAGCACCAUUAUUAAAGUUGUGCCGCAGAAAAACGGAAAGUGAGUGGAAAAUGGCUGUGAAAUUCAACUUUGAGAGUUGCGCUUUCCAAUGUUGCAUGUGGGUUAAUCAAGACAGCUUGUGUUUUUGUAACAGAUGAAAGUGAAUACAAGUUUCUUUUGUAAAAUUAAAACUGUGUACCAAUUGUGUACCAAAAAGCCACAAUAGAACAAGGAGACCAGUGCCUAACUCAAACCAUCACCUGACCGGCGGCUGUAGGCUCUUUACUCUUUGAACAAGGAACAGGUUCAGACACAUGAACGUCCACAGAGAA